UCGCUUUCAUAUUCCGAAUUUGCAAUACAACUCACAUAUUCUCUCUUUUUCUCUCUGUAAGAGCUUCGUCGCCGCCGCCUCUGGUUGCUUCGAUUCACCGGUAAGUUUUCCGAUCUCAGCAAUAACAUACCGGAGAAGACCGUAAAUUUACACUCUAGUCGUCAAUUUCUAGGGUUUCUGGUUUUUCGCCGUCUCUAUCUGUCGUUUCUACAGAGUUUUUUUUAGAAAAUAAAUUAGGAAAAAAGGAAAAUAUUUCAAUUUGAUUUUUAGAUAUUUGAUUAGUUUUUACCAGAUCUGUAAUCUGUUAUUGUUUUUUCAAUUAAGUCGUUUUUUUCGAGCUAGGAUUUGUUGACUUUGUUUGUGAAAUUAGGGUUAGGGUUUAUAGGUGGAUUAGGGUUUUCUUUGAUAUAUAGACGUUCUUAUGGCUGCUGGAAGACAUGGUGGCUACAGGGAUAAUGAAUUUAGGGGCCGUGAGGCUGAGUUCGAGGUUUCAAGGAGGGAGCUUGGUUGUCCUAAGGGGGAUUAUGAUCGAAUUAGGAACGUUGAUCGGGAUUUUGAUAGGGAUCGAGUUCACGACAGGAGUAGUCGAGAUAGGGGUAGGUUGAGACAGAAGGAUGUAAAAGAAAGGGAGGUCAUAAAUGGCAGUUAUAGGUUCACGUCAAGCAGGAGUGAUUCUGGUAGUAGUGAUGGUGGAGCGGGGAGAAGUGGGUUUAGUGUCAGGGCUGUUGACCGAGAGCCCGGGGAACUGUCUAGUGAGAGUGGGUCUGAUGGGGCUAUUGAUUCGGACUGGAAGACCAAGAAUGCGGCCAAUGGGAACCAGUCACCUGUACAGAGCAAGAAACGAAAAUUCUCUCCAAUUAUCUGGGAUAGGGAUGAAAAGGAAGCUAAUAGAAUGUCGAAGAGUAGAAACUCACCAGCAGCUGCUAAGCUACCUCCUCCGCCUCCAUUGCCGAAGUCAUCUGUCCAGUCGCCUAACCUUCCCUUAGAAAGGGUUGAGCAGGUCUCGCCAUUGAAUAAUAAUAAUGAUAUUAUUCAGAGCACGGGGCCGUCCCAACAUAAUCCAAAUACAGCACUUGGUUCACAUGUUGAUGCAUCUGAAUCCCCAGUUGACGUAGGUUCACCACCUCCUGACGAAGAGCGAUUGCCCGAGCAGCAGGAUGCCAGGAUAGUAGAAGAAGAUGAAUAUGUGCCGACUAUAAGAGCUUCUCGAUGGGCAACUGACGCUGACUCUCCAGCUGAUGAAGGUUUGAUUUCAGAUGAUGAUAUGCCUCGAUUGAAGAAGCAACGAGCAGUUUCACAGUCAGCUGACAUGGGUGGACACAGGAAAUCAGUAACUCCAGAAUUUGGGGAGCUCAAGAGAGACAACUCUGGAGGAAAUAGAGCAAGGUCCUCAGAUUCAGAUGAACAUAUUAGGUCUUCCAGCAGAGAUAGUUACCAGGACAAUGAUUUAGAUAAGAAUGACUCAAUGGAUGUGGAUAAGGACCGUAAUUAUGAUGGUACUAGUGUUAGCCAGUCAGAUACAGAAUCUGAAGAUGAACACGAUUCUCGUGGUAUACCAGAGCCUGCACUUCCUCCACAAAGGAGCGUAAACAUGCUGCAGGGGUGUAGAAGUGUCGAUGAAUUCGAGCGGCUUAACAGGAUAGAUGAAGGUACCUAUGGUGUUGUUUACAGAGCUAGAGAUAAGAAGACAGGAGAAAUUGUUGCACUAAAGAAGGUUAAGAUGGAGAAGGAACGAGAAGGAUUUCCCUUGACAUCUCUAAGGGAGAUAAACAUUCUUCUUUCUAUUCAUCACCCCUCAAUUGUAGAUGUUAAAGAAGUAGUUGUAGGAAGCAGUCUUGACAGCAUUUUUAUGGUGAUGGAGUACAUGGAACAUGAUCUGAAGGCAUUAAUGGAGACAAUGAAACAACCGUUUAGCCAAAGUGAAGUCAAAUGUCUUAUGCUCCAGCUUUUGCAGGGUAUCAAGUAUCUUCAUGAUAAUUGGGUCCUUCACCGAGAUCUGAAGACUUCAAAUUUGCUUCUAAACAACCGAGGUGAGUUGAAGAUUUGUGACUUUGGUUUAGCUCGUCAAUAUGGGAGCCCCCUGAAACCAUACACUCAUUUGGUGGUUACUUUAUGGUACAGGGCGCCAGAACUUCUCUUGGGAGCCAAACAAUAUUCUACUGCAAUCGACAUGUGGUCACUGGGUUGUAUCAUGGCUGAAAUGCUAUCCAAAGAAGCGCUUUUCAAUGGAAAAACAGAAGUUGAUCAAAUUGACAAGAUUUUCAAAAUUCUCGGAACCCCAAAUGAGACAAUAUGGCCAGGGUUUUCUAAACUUCCUGGGGUGAAGGUCAACUUUGUAAAGUACCAGUUUAAUUCGUUAAGAAAAAAAUUUCCCGCUACAUCCUUCACUGGGCUACCAGUCCUAUCUGAUGCUGGCUUUGACCUGUUGAAUAAGCUUCUAACUUAUGAUCCUGAGAAGAGAAUAACUGCCGAUGCUGCUUUAAACCAUGAGUGGUUUCGUGAAGUUCCGCUCCCCAAGUCUAAAGAAUUCAUGCCUACUUUCCCUGCACAGCAUGCACAAGAUAGGCGUGUGCGAAGAGUAAUGAAGAGUCCAGAUCCUCUUGAGGAGCAGCGAAGAAAGGAGCUGAAGCAAGGGGUGUUAGGAACUGGUGGAUUGUUUGGCUAAGAUAAGUGAAUAGUGCUCAGUAACUGUUUGAGUUUUGCUUUCUCUAAUACUCAUGGGGUUGAUGUGGUUGAGGUGAGAGCUAUGAUUGAAAGGAAGUUGCUAAAAUUGUUUGCAAGACGAUCAGUUCAGCUGUUUUUAGCAGGCUUAUCUGACAUUUAGAUCGAGAAACAAUUCUUUUGGCUGUGCAUUAUCAGAU